UGUGGGUUGGGCCCUUCCUGCUCUGGUGACGUCCCCGGACCGCCGUGGCCUAGGCCUAGGGAGAAACCGACCAGCUUUACCGUCUGACUUGAGGAUCCGCUCUUCCGCGAGGCGGGCGAGAUUGCUCGUUCUUCUCGAAGAAUGCAGUGACUUGAAGCUAAUGUGCCGGGAGGGUGCUGCCCUGUUUCCGAAACUGAGCUAUGUAGAAUGUUACAAGUCUUAAGAACUCAGGACAAGCAGCAGAAAUACAUGCAACAUGGUGACUGGAACCCUAAGGACUCUGCAAUAUGAAUAAUUCCCUGGAAAACACCAUUUCCUUUGAAGAGUACAUCCGAGUGAAGGCGCGGUCUGUCCCGCAACACAGGAUGAAGGAAUUUCUGGACUCACUAGCCUCUAAAGGGCCGGAAGCCCUUCAGGAGUUCCAGCAGACAGCUACCACUACCAUGGUGUACCAACAGGGUGGGAACUGCAUUUAUACAGACAGCACCGAAGUGGCUGGGUCUUUGCUUGAACUUGCCUGUCCAGUCACCACCAGUGUUCAACCACAAACCCAACAAGAACAGCAGAUUCAGGUUCAACAACCACAGCAGGUUCAGGUACAGGUGCAGGUACAACAGUCUCCGCAGCAGGUCUCGGCUCAGCAGCUCUCCCCGCAGCUCACGGUUCACCAGCCUGCUGAGCAGCCCAUCCAGGUCCAGGUGCAGAUCCAAGGCCAAGCACCACAGCCGGCAGCCCCUUCCAUCCAGACCCCGUCUCUGCAGAGUCCCAGCCCUUCGCAGCUGCAGGCGGCCCAGAUCCAGGUGCAGCACGUGCAGGCAGCCCAGCAGAUCCAGGCUGCAGAGAUUCCAGAGGAGCACAUCCCACAUCAGCAGAUCCAGGCUCAGCUAGUGGCUGGCCAGUCUCUUGCCGGGGGUCAGCAGAUCCAAAUCCAGACCGUGGGUGCCCUUUCCCCACCACCGUCUCAGCAGGGCUCACCCCGGGAAGGGGAACGGCGGGUUGGCACAGCCAGUGUCCUCCAGCCAGUGAAGAAGCGCAAAGUGGACAUGCCCAUCACUGUGUCCUAUGCCAUCUCAGGGCAACCGGUGGCUACCGUGCUGGCCAUUCCACAGGGCCAGCAGCAGAGUUAUGUGUCUUUGAGGCCAGACUUAUUGACAGUAGACAGUGCCCACCUGUACAGUGCCACUGGGACCAUUACUAGCCCUACAGGAGAAACCUGGACCAUCCCUGUUUACUCUGCCCAGCCCCGUGGGGAUCCUCAGCAGCAGAGCAUUACCCACAUUGCCAUUCCCCAGGAAGCCUACAAUGCAGUUCACGUCAGUGGCUCACCCACGGCCCUGGCAGCUGUAAAGCUGGAGGAUGACAAGGAGAAGAUGGUGGGCACCACGUCUGUAGUGAAAAACUCCCAUGAAGAGGUAGUGCAGACCCUUGCAAACUCUCUCUUUCCAGCACAGUUCAUGAAUGGCAACAUCCACAUUCCAGUGGCUGUGCAGGCUGUGGCAGGCACCUACCAGAACACAGCUCAGACUGUCCAUAUAUGGGACCCUCAGCAGCAGCCACAACAGCAAACUCCCCAGGAACAGACGCCGCCACCGCCGCCGCAGCAGCAGCAGCAGCAACUCCAGGUUACUUGUUCAGCUCAGACUGUCCAGGUUGCUGAAGUUGAACCACAGUCACAGCCACAGCCUUCCCCAGAACUUCUGCUUCCAAAUUCUCUGAAGCCAGAAGAAGGGCUUGAAGUAUGGAAAAACUGGGCCCAGACCAAGAACGCUGAGCUAGAGAAGGAUGCUCAGAACAGACUGGCACCCAUUGGGAGGCGCCAACUCUUGCGAUUCCAGGAAGAUCUCAUCUCGUCUGCUGUGGCUGAGUUAAAUUAUGGGCUCUGUCUAAUGACACGGGAAGCUCGAAAUGGAGAAGGUGAACCCUAUGAUCCAGAUGUGCUCUACUAUAUUUUCCUGUGUAUUCAAAAGUAUCUUUUUGAAAAUGGAAGGGUUGAUGACAUUUUCUCCGAUCUUUAUUAUGUUCGAUUCACGGAGUGGCUACAUGAAGUUCUGAAAGAUGUUCAGCCCCGAGUCACUCCACUUGGCUAUGUCCUGCCCAGCCACGUGACUGAGGAGAUGCUGUGGGAGUGCAAGCAGCUCGGGGCUCACUCCCCUUCCACCCUGCUGACUACCCUCAUGUUCUUUAACACCAAAUACUUCCUAUUGAAGACAGUGGACCAGCACAUGAAGCUGGCCUUCUCCAAGGUUUUGCGACAGACAAAGAAGAACCCCUCUAAUCCUAAGGAUAAAAGCACGAGUAUUCGGUACCUGAAGGCUCUUGGGAUACACCAGACUGGCCAGAAAGUUACAGAUGACAUGUAUGCAGAACAGACGGAAAAUCCAGAGAAUCCACUGAGAUGUCCCAUCAAGCUCUACGAUUUCUACCUCUUUAAAUGUCCCCAGAGUGUGAAAGGCCGGAAUGACACGUUUUAUCUGACGCCUGAACCAGUGGUGGCCCCCAACAGCCCAAUCUGGUACUCGGUCCAGCCUAUCAGCAGAGAGCAAAUGGGACAGAUGCUGACUCGGAUCCUGGUGAUACGAGAAAUUCAGGAGGCCAUCGCAGUGGCCAACGCAAGCACCAUGCACUGAGAUCCCUAAGCCAUGGUGCAAGGGAGAUGAUCCAGGAAAAAAAAAAUGGACAGACUUUCACACUAAAGAAGAGGCCUCCGUUUUUUUUUCUUUUUCUUUUUUUUUUUUUUUUUUUAAUUGGUGUAGUUAUGAAGCCUUUCAGACUGCUUCUGUUUAAAAUGUAAAAGGAAACUUUGCCUCCUGUGCGUCACCGUAAAUCUGCUGCAGCAGAUUCCUCAGCCCGUGGGGGCUCUGGGUUUCCUGAAAGCCAGAUGUCCUAGAAAGUUGCUGGCUGGCAUUUUCUUUUUUGUCUGGGGCCUGGGGAAAGGGCUCGGACUGUUAGGAGAAAUGUGGCCCCUUCCCUUACUCCAGAAAGAUGGAAUUAGUGACGGACCCUCCAGGGAAUCUCCCCAGCUGGAUUCCACUCUGACUGGUGGACGUCGCUGACCACAGGGGAGCCAUGGUCUUUUCUUUCUUCAUGCUCAGACAUAAACUUAGCAUCUUAAUGGAAGGAAAAUGAGGGGAACUUCAAUUAUGAUUUAUUAAAGACAAUUUCUAUUACACCCUCCUUUCUGACAAGUGACAUUUUAGAUGUUAAAGUAAAAACUUUACCAUGCCUUUUUUUUUUUUUUUUUUUUUGGCCGGACAUUGAGGCCUUAAACCUGAGGCUCCUGUGCCUGAUGGAAUUCUUGUAACAUACACUCGUGUAUCAUAUAAAGAUACCACUCUGUUUCUCUUAUGUAUUCUUAAUCUAGUUGUUUAUUAAGAAUGACAAGCACGUCUUUUCAACAUGCUAGUGAA